UUAAUGUAGACACAGAUUGCAUCUUAAAUAUUGUGUUUUGUUGUGCAGAAACAUGUUAUCAGUCACUGACAGUAACAAAGCUGAAAGAACAUGGAAACAAAUGAUAAAUAAAAAUAAAAUGCAAAUGCUGAGGUGGAUUUUUUUCUGUGAAACCGCUAUGGAAAUACAAUAUAUGUACAAACUCUCUAGCACAUUCAAAUUAACACACUUCCAAAGAAAUACAACAACUGUCAACAAAAAUCAGAGAAAUGACGUGGACACACAAAUGAGGAAGAGAAAAAUGAAAAAGGUUUUUGUUUAUUUGUUUUUUUUAAGAGUGAAAUAAACAAAUGAUGUGAUGUCCUGAAUGAGAGCAGAUAUAAUAAUCAUUUUGUUUAAAGACGGACAGAAACAUCAGACUCAGGACAGAAACACACGACCUCUAAAAAAUGGACCAAACUCUAUAUUUGAUUCUUCUUCUCAUUGCUCUCUGCUCUGUAUCUGAAUGUGUUCAGCCUCAGUAUCACUUUAUAAACGUGAUGAAGAACUGGACUGAAGCUGAGAGAUACUGCAGAGAGAGUUACACAGAUCUGGCCACCGUUGACAACAUGAACGAGCUGAAGAAGACUGCGAAUGUUGGAGGAGUUAAGUAUGUCUGGAUUGGGCUGCAGAGGACAAGUGUUGAUAAAUGGCAGUGGUCUUCAGGUGAUCCUGCGCUCUAUCUGAACUGGGCUCCUGGACAACCUGACGGCACAGAUGAGUGUGCUGUGAUGAGAAAUGGACAGUGGGAUGAUUAUUCAUGUAGUAACAAUCAGACUUUCAUCUGCAAAUCAUCUAACACGAACACAGGACUCGUCUUUAUCAAUCAGAUGAAGAACUGGAGAGACGCUCAGAGUUACUGCAGACAGAAUCACACUGAUCUGGUCAGUGUGAGGAACCAGAAUGAGAAUCAACAGCUUCAGAAGUUCAUCAAUGAUAAUCACAUAUCUGGUGAUGUCUGGAUCGGUCUGUUCAGAGACUCAUGGCAGUGGUCAGAUCAGAGUAACUCCUCAUUCAGAUACUGGAAUACUGGUGAACCUGAUAAUUGGGGAGGUAAUGAAAACUGUGUAGUGAUCGAACCGAACGCUCAGGGAAUAUGGCAUGACUACCCUUGCAACAACCAACAAUCUUUUGUGUGUCAUGAAGAUAAACUGAUCCUGAUCAAAGAGAAUCUGACGUGGCCUGAAGCUCUGAGAUACUGCAGACAGAAUCAUGUGGAUCUGGUCUCGGUUCAUUCAGAAGAGAUUCAGCGUCGUGUGAUGAAUGUGGUUAAACAGGCGUCUACUGAGGCGGUGUGGUUGGGUUUACACAAUUACUGCAGUAUGAACAUGUGGCUCUGGUUGAGCGGAGAGAUCGUGUGCUAUCAGAACUGGGCUCCAGGGAACGGAGUAGAACCGGAAGACUGUCGCCUCGAGAAGAGAAAAGGAGCAGUUCAGUCUGGAGGAGAUCAGCGCUGGAUCAGCCUUCCUGAAACUCGCAAACUCAACUUCAUCUGCAGCAGAUAUUAAGAGUGAAUGUUUGUGUUUACUUACAUUCACCGUUUUCAUCCUUCAUUAUUUCUCUUAUUUACUUGUAUUUGUUUUAGUAAGUUCUGAGUGAAUCUGCUAACUGCUAAAUUUUAAUCAUCAUGUCAUAAUAUGAUCUUUUUAAAAUGUUUUAACAUUAAUGUUUAAUAUUCUUCAGAUGUUAAGUGUGUUUUAUAAAUCUCUCUGUAUAUCUGGUGUGGUUACGUCUCUUUAUGUUUUCACUAAUCUUAUCUAUAUCAAUAACUGGUUGAAUGUGAAUCUGUGAGCAGCAGCUCUUCAGAAUAAUAUUGUUUGUGUCUCAGAAUGAAAUCUGGUUUAUUCUUAGAAAAGCUUUUCUUUUUUUUUUUUGGGGUUUGGGUAUAAAAUAUCUUGUGUUUGAUCAAAAUCAUCAGAUAAACAUGUGAAACAGAACAUGAGCUCAAAUAAACUCAUCCACAGUCAGUAUUCUCGCCUCUGAUUAUUU